AUGAUCGAGCCUCAUGAAAGAUUCUUCUCAGAGGGCCAAGGCUAUUUUGGCCCAAGUGAGAGCCCUGCGACCGAAACCCACUGCAACGUCUGGGAUUGGGAUCAGCUGCGAUGGAUCAAAGUCAAAGGGACUGCGAAGCUUUUUCCACCUGGAGAAGAUAUUGAAACCUUAGUCCUUGCACAAUUUGCCGAUUACCUCUCGCCAGAGGUUCGUUCUAUAACAGUCAACGAUGACGGGCUUCUCACUACAGUCUCAACAGACCCGGAAGAAGAUGAUACACUCUUUAUUGCUUAUAUCCCCUUAUCUCUUUGCCAAUCACUCAAAGAUUGCCCAACUAUCUAUUUCUCCCAACUACAAGAGCUCGACCGGCUCGGACCAGGUGUCGAUCUCUCAUCGUACAAUGGUCAUAGGGUCGCAUUUAAGUUCAACCCUUUAGGUAUGCCCCGAAGACUACAAAUGUCUUGGAAGGAGAUGAACCUGCUUAGCAAACUACCACCACAUCCUAAUAUAAUACCGUUUGACCGCAUUGUUCUCGAGGACGUAGAGUCUCGAGUCAUCGGAUUCACAACAAAGUAUAUCCUGGGUGGGACACUAGCAGAGGCAAAACCGAAAAGGCCUUUCCGAUUUAAAUGGCUACAGCAGCUUACUCAGCUAGUGGAUUUCCUAAACCUAGAUAUGGGGAUCGUACAUCAAGACAUUGCACCGCGGAAUUUGCUUGUCGACCCCGAAACAGAUAAGAUUAUUCUGUUCGACUUUGAUUGGGCCGCCAAUGGCCAAGACGGCCUAAUAGAUGGUCGAGACGAUGUGUCUGGUGUUAUCUUCACCUUGUACGAGAUCAUCACUAACGAUACGUACUUUACGAGUAUUCCUCACUGGGAACGAAACAAAGACAUGGUGCAGACUACUGAAUGGACAUGUCAUUGUGAACUAGACUCUGAUGUGUCAAGAUUUCGCGAGUUUCUAAAUGAAUGGGUAGCAUCAAGAGCCGAUAGAGCGACAGAACAAGAUCCCAAUCCACCCAAGCGACUUACAUGGCCGGAUCUUCCCACCCCUCCAGACUAUAAUGUGCCCUUUGAGCUGGGUAUGACAGAGGAAGGAGAACCUGUCUGGCGAACGGGUGUGCGUUCGAGACGCAUUGCACUAGAGAAGGGGCAAUACUGCUUUCGAUGGGAAAGGCCACCACAAAGGAGGUUGAAGAAAGCCGAAAAUAGCAUGUAG